CCAGAGAGAACUACUACAGACCAGAAACUCUCCUACUUUCUCAACAUGGCCUCAAUACAGACUGAUCUGCAGAGACAGCUGGACAGUGUUGAGUGCCACUUCACCUGGAACCUUAGUUGCAACGUUAGCAUUCUUCACCGGCAGCAGGAGCGUCUGGAGGACCGCAGUCGACAUGGCUGUACUUGGGAGGGCCAUCUGUAUAACCUGCUGGGUUACGUCGUCUACCACAUCCAAGACUCUGCAGAGGAGGCACUGCUACACCUGCGACAGGCUGAGGUGGUGCUCAAAGAGCAAGAACCGGAGGGGAGAGGACCACGUCUGCUGGUCAACCAGGCUAACCUGGCCUGGGUGCACUACCACUUGGGGGAGCUGCCAGAGUGCCAGUCUUAUCUGGAGGAAGUGACCCGGCUCCAGGAGGAAUUCCCUGCUCCUCCAGGAUGUGAACUGCAUCCAGAGGUUUAUGGGGAGAAAGGCUGGACUCUGGUGAAGUUUGAGCAUGAUUUUCAGAAACUAGCUGUAGCUAACUUUGAAAUGGCUCUGAGAGGAGAGACAGAUAGGAAAGAGUGGCACGUAGGCCUUGCUUUAGCCAAGUAUAAAGUUUAUUUUAAUGAAGGGAAUGAAGAGUUGAGAGGAGAAAUCAUUGAGCAAAUUAAAAUUGCAAAGACUAAAGAUCCAGAUAACCUGCGUAUGUUAGCUAUGUACUGGAAUGCAUUGGCGGAUGUUGGGAAAAAGACAGAGGAGACUGGCUCCAGUGACGAGGCCUUGACCUGCCUGAGGAAAGCAGAGAAGAUGAUCAGAGAGCAGGGGGAAGAAGAGAAAGACUGCCUCCUGCUGGUGAACCAGGCAAACCUCGCCUGGGUGCACUACUUGAGGGACUUACUCGUGUCAAGACGAAUUGAGUCUACCUGCGACGAGUCCACCGAGCAAGGACACAAGGCACCUCUCAGAUAA